AUGUCUGGCCACGUACCCUCCUCGUGGCAAGAUCUUCCUCUCAUGGGAGAAGUAGGAAACCUCUGCCCUCGCCUCCCAGAGCCCGUGAAGAGCAAGAGGCCCGCUUCCGAAGUCAAGAGCACGACCGUUGAGGAAGAUGGCAUCCCCGACCCCCUCAUGGUUCCCGAGGUUGCUCCCGCACUCCUCAAAUACGAAAACCAUCAAUGGGCUUGCUGGUCCUGCAGAAUCAAGUUCUUCGUCGCCAUCAAGGACCUGAUGCCGCCACUCAAGCGAUCCAAGCCCAAUAACAGACUCGCUGGCAUCAAGGAUCCGGCUGUGCGAGAUUUCAUCAUCGCCGCUGAGGAGCGACUCGCGAAAGCCAAGAGCGGCAAAGCGCCCGAAGAGAAGCCAAAGUGCACCUACCCCACCAAGUUUGAGGACAUUGAUUUCUCCACUGCCACUGUCAUGACGACUGAGGAAGACUUCGCGGCAUUUUUGGAGGAGCACCCCUUUGGCCUCAAGGAGCCCAAGGAAGGUUUCGAUGUUCAGGCUCCUGCUCAGGCGAUCUGUUCCGCGAUACAUUUGAGCAAGCUGCGACGAGCAAGCCAGCGCUGUUGA